AUGGCGUCAUUCGAUAUCAUUAUCGUGGGCGGUGGCACGGCUGGCUGUGUCUUGGCCUCUCGACUGUCAUCCUUCAGUCACUUAGACAUUCUUCUCAUUGAAGCUGGUCCGGAUAAUAAUGCAGACCCUAAAGUAUCCACACCGCUUAUCAGUCGCCGCAUGUUCAACGACCCGAAGUAUGAUUGGAACUUUCAGACAAUCCCGCAAGUCGGGCUCAGUGGCCGUGUCAUUCAGCAGACCCGGGGGCGAAUGAUCGGUGGAAGCAGCGCGAUCAACUCCCACAGUCUAGUGUAUCCCAACAGGGCGAUGCAUGAGGCGUGGGCUGAGAUCGCAGGAGACGAGCGCUGGUCUUGGGAACGGAUGGAGCGCUUUUACAAGAAAUUUCAAACCGUUCAGUCCCAAGAAGUCACCGGAAAGGGUUCCUCGACGGUCGAGCUAGUGACGUGCGGACCGAUCCGAGCGUCGUACCCAAGGCAUAUGAACAUCCUCCAGAGCGCGUGGGAAGACGUCUUUCGCUCAAUUGGUGCCUACUCCGAUCAGGAUGGGGUGUCUGGUCGAGCAAUGGGAGGAUUAACCACUACGAAUGCUAUUGAUGCCCGUGCUAUGAAAGGCGAAAGGAGCCAUUCUGGCAACUCAUUUCUGCAGCCAGCACUGGGGCGAGUGAAUCUCACCGUUGAGACGGAUGCAAUAGUAGAGCGAGUCGUCUUCCAAGAGCAUGGCUCUGGCGAUACAAAAUCAUUACAGGCUAUUGGAGUAACUUAUGAGAAGGGAGGUAUCACAUUAUCUGUCAGGGCAAAUAAGGAGGUCAUCCUGUGCGCAGGAGCCUUCGGAAGUCCACAGAUACUGGAGCUCUCUGGCAUUGGAAGUAAAGGCAUUCUUGAGAAUGCGGGCGUCCAAUGCUUGGUCGACCUUCCAGGAGUAGGCGAGAAUCUACAGGAUCACCUCAACUACGGGCCAAGCAUUGAAGUCAACCCUGACAUCGAGACAAUAGAGGUGGCCGCCAGGGAUCCAGCAGUGCGGGAAGUGCAAAGGGAGGAAUAUGAGGAGUAUCGAACAGGUCCUCUCUCAGAAGGAGCCGCCUACAGCUUUGCUUACUGGCCGCUUCAGCUCUUCGACACGACAGCCGACGAAGCAGACCUGCAGCGGCUCUUGGACGAGUAUCGCGCGGCGGAUGAUCCAAAGUCUCAAUUACAUCACGAAUUCGUCAGAAGAAUGAUCCUGGAUCCGCAAGAAGCGAGCGCGACGGUGUUCAUGACACGAAAGCAGAGAUAUACCGCAGCGGGAAGCGAGGCCCCAGGCAACUACAUGACAGUCGUGGCCAUGUUGUCACAUCCGUUCAGCCGUGGAUCCUCGCACAUUCGUGUUGCAAACCCGCACGAAGCUCCAAUUAUCGACUGUAAUUAUCUCUCACAUCCACUAGAUGCCGAGAUACUUGCUCGCCACGCUGUUCAGCUCGAACGACUCCUUGAGCAGCCCACGUACACGCCCAUACUCAACCCGAGCGGCAACCGUCUGCCGGCAGAGUUUAAUUACGCCCUAAGGACACCGGAGGAAGCAAAAGAAGCAAUCAAGAAAUAUGGAGCGACGAACUAUCAUCCGUGUGGAACUUGUGCGAUGGCGAGGGCCGAGCUCGGAGGCGUCGUAGAUGGAGAGCUUCGAGUGAGCGGAAUAAGCAAUCUGCGGGUUUGUGACGCCAGCAUUUUCCCUAUCAUACCCAGGGGCAAUAUUUUGAGCACGGUUUACGCAGUCGCCGAAAGUGGCGCAGAGAUGAUUGGCGCUUUGUACUCGUAA